AUGGAUAUAAUACUUGAAAAGAAGAUAAUUCUAUCCGAGAUCCUGUCUGCUGAAACGGCUUUUAUCCUCCAAUAUGUUCAGCAGAACAAACUCAUUACAGAUCGUGACUACAGUGCUCUUAAAAGCCUUCCUCAAAACACUGAGACGGUGUCUGUUGAAGUGCUGGAUAAACUGAGAGCCAAGGGGGACGACGCCUGUCAGAAGUUCAUAGUCUUGCUGAAGCAGCAGCGUGUGUUGGAGCAAUAUCCAAGACUGAGAGAUGUUUUCUCAGAUAUCAGACAAGGUCCUGGGGUUUCUGCUCCGGCAACACCAGCACAGGACCUUGGCUCCAAAAUAAAUGAAUACAAGACAUCCAUCUGCACCACAUAUAAAAUCAUGACGGAGUAUAACUCUCUAGCUGGUGAGAAUGUGUUGCUGCCUGACCGCUACACUGAGCUGCUGAUAGUUGAGACACACAGAAAGCAGAGAGAAAGAGAGGAAGAGCUCCGCUUUAGAGGAAAACAUCACCAGCAGGUCUUAAAAACCAGGGCCAGUGAAGCACACAACAAAAUCACUGUUGACCAGUUGUUCAAACCUGAUGACCGUGGAGAUGUUCCAAAGGCAGUCAUUCUUCAGGGCCACUCUGGAUAUGGCAAAUCCUUCACUGCUCAGAAGAUCAUGUAUGAGUGGGCAUCUGGAGGAGUAUUCAAAGACCUGUUCCACCUUGUUCUUCACCUUGAAUGCAAAGAGCUUAAUGAAAUCUCAGAGGCACACAGUCUGGUGGAUCUCCUGAGCUACUGUCCAGACUUCACCAGUGAGACAGCAGAGGUGCUGAAGGACUCAAAAAUGAAAGUGCUCUUCCUCAUUGAUGGCUUUGAUGAGCUCAAGUUCUCAUUUCAGAACAUUAGCACAGUGCCACCUAAAGACCCUUUCAGAGAAGCUCCUGUUGAGGCCACUCUGAGCGCUCUGCUGAAGGGGUGUCUCCUGCCUAAGUGCUGCCUGCUGGUCACCACCAGGUCCACUGCUUCAGACAAACUGAGAAAGCUGCUCAGUAAGUCUCAGCGUUUCACUGACAUCCUAGGCUUCACUGAUGAGGGGGUGAAGGAGUACUUCCAGAGGUUUUUCAGAGAAGAGCUGGUAGCAAAGAAAACAUUCGACUGUGUGAGGACCAACGAGACUUUGUACACCGCCUGCUUCAUCCCCGUCAUCUGCUGGAUCAUCUGCACAGUUUUCAGGGAGCAAGAAGAAGAAGGCAUGGACAUCACUAAGGAACUACAAACAACCACCUCUAUAUUUGUGCGAUUUGUGUCCAUUCUGCUGAAGCAUCACUGUCAGGAUUUGAGUCAGGAUUUGAGUCAGCCUGAAACACUGCUGAGGAGCCUGGGCCAGCUGGCAGAGACAGGGUUACAAGAAAAUCAGGUCCUGUUUGAUGAGAAGAGUUUGUUAAAGGCUUUCCGUGAUCCAAAACAAGCAAUCACAUACAAUCUUUUCCUCUGCCAAAUCUUCCUAAAGAAGGAUGUCAGACAGGAAAGCAUGUACAGUUUCAUGCAUCUGAGCUUCCAGGAGUUCUUCGCUGCCCUCCAGUACCUGAUGAUGGAGAAUGAGGAAGAGGCACUUGAAAAACUACGAGAGUUGUUUGGGACCGUUGAACGUUUUAAACCUGUUAUUCAAUUCCUUUUUGGGCUUUUAAACAGAGACAUUGACCCACACCUGAAAAAGCAGGUCAGGCCAUCCAUUAAAGCUUAUCUGCAGAAGUGGCUUCUAAACGUUGUGAAAAAUCACAGAAUGCAUAAAGAGGGUAUGCUGCAUAUACUUCAUUGUCUCUAUGAGCUCCAUGAGGAGGAGUUUGUAAAGAGAGCCAUGGGAGUCUGGGGUGAGAUGAAGUUUGACUCCAUUCCGCUGACGAGGACAGACUGCUGGGUGCUGCUGUACUGCCUGCAGUGUUGCCCGACCAUCAGAGGCCUGAAGCUCAAGGAGUGCAACAUAACAGCAGAGAAGCUGAGGAUGCUGCAGCCUGCACUGAGCAGGUGUGAGGAGCUUGGGUUAACUGUGGAGAGCCUGUCAGAUGCUGAUGUUGGUGUCCUGAUCUCAGUUCUAGGGGAGGGAAAGAACCUGACUAAACUGAGUGUGGACUACAGCAGCCUCUCACCUGAGAGUGUGAAGGAAGUCCUCAGUGCUCUCUCCAAGCAAAUGUCCGUGGGUAAAGUCCGUCUGUCUUUGACGACCAUCACUGUCACCACCGCAGCCCUGUGCUUGGCCUUCAUUCAGAACACAGAGACGUGCCGUCACCUGGAGCUGGAUGUGAAUUCACCAUUUUCUACCACAAGAUCACCUGCUUCACUUACCCUGUCACAAGCCAGCGGCAGCUUUACCGACUUCAUCAACAAGUUUUGCAAUGUCACAGGUUUAAGAGCAAAUUCACAUAGGUCUCCAGGUGACUGUAUGGGUGUUCUUGAGUCCUUCACUGACUGGUGGACUCUGCCUGGUCUUGAGAAGGUGGAGUUGAAGGUGAGCUACCUGACUGACAGCUGGGCCAACUGGAUCCUCAACCUCACCCACACGUGCCCCACUCUGGAGGAAGUACA